UAGGAAUACGGUAGAGGUGUUGUACCGAUCGUGUUGAAUCUUUGGAACCGGUCGGAUCCAUUCAGUUUGCAUUCGUUGGUCGGUCGGAGUGUUUGGGUUCGGUUUUCGGCGGUGUGGGGUUGACUGCUGUCGUGCAUUACACGUUUGCACAAAAAGUCGUCGAGCAUCGUCAUCAUCAUCAUCGUUGCGUCGCUCUAGGUCGUCGUCGCCGUCGAAUGAUAACAACGAUUUCGGGAGUUGGGAGUGCAUGAGUGAGGUGUGGGUGGUAAUGGUCCAACACAACCAAUGACGACGUCGACGUGUUUGUAAUGUUUAUGGUCGUGUAAUUGAACCGCGUGUGUGCCUUCCUGCGCUGAACGACAACAGAGUCAUCAACAGCAGUAGCAUUAGCCUAUAGCUACGGAAACCAUGUCGGGUGGUGUUGCACCAAGCUGAGCAGAAGCAGUCAAAUGUUUUGAUCAUCCACUCAACAUAUCAGAAUCAUUCCUGCCACCACCGCAGGAAGAAAAUCUUAUACACAAAUAAAACGCAAUGAGCUGAUCUCACGCUCAUCCACAGGCAAUCCACCAUAAAAGCUUCCCGCAGACAGUUCUACUACCUCAGCGUAACUGAAAAGUCAAUUACAUUUGUACCGCUGCACAAAGUCCAAUGAAACCACGUGAGCUUAGAAGAAACCGUCUGAAGCAGCGAAGAAAGCAAAACUGCUAGCGAACAGUCUACUCCCUCAUCUCUCUAACAAAAUCUCCUUCCAUCAAGAAACGCCUGUGUAUCAAGGUUGAUCCCAGCAAGGCUUUUCCCCCCUCAAGCAAGAAGAAAGAAACGACACAAGGAUGUUGCAACCCCGUCGACGGAGCAGCACUUUGCGGUCAUCCUCGUCACCACCACCAAGUCCCUCUGGGAAAAGCCGAAAAAGGCCACUAAUCGCCCGUCGGAUGUCCCCCACGAUGCCCAUGCUGGUGGUGGCGCUGCUGACGAUGCUGGAGCUGGCCACCCUUGCCGUGGGGUCCGUGUCCUCGUCGGUGCCGGCGGUGCAAAAGUUUAAUCCCAACGCGGUGCGAAUUAACAAGUGCUGCGAGCGGUUCGAGGUCAUGAUGGACGGCAAGUGCACCGUGGCGGUCAAUGAGACUGCCUGGGUUCCCCAGUUCACCGGUCGUCACGGCGAGCAGAACGUUCAGGUCGAAGCCAUCCGGUACGUUAUCGGCGCCCCGGACUGUGGCUCGAUGCAAAAGUGGCCCAUCUUCCACUACGAAAAGAGCGAGGACAAACUGAUCCUGUUCCCGGACGGGAAGCUGCGCCACCUGAUAGUGGAUCCGCAUGCGCGCACCGAACCCGAGGACGAGUGGGACCAGCUGUACGCGGCCGGGCUGCACUCGGAGGCGCCCUUCCAGUACGACUACGAGCAGGGCCAGUACUGCAUGGACAAGGUCGUGGCCAGCAACGAGCACCAGUCGGACGGGCUGUACGCGACGGUUUGCUCGCCGGAGAAGGCCAUCCGCUGGACGGACAGUGACUUUUUGCUGCGCAAAAUUAUCAACCCGAUUUGUCACGGCAUCGCGAUGAUUAUCCUGCUGCUGGUGGCGAUUGUGUACUUUGUGCUGCCCACGUUGAGAGACCUGGUCGGCAACAUCGUCACCUCGAUCACGGUGUGUCUGAUCAUCAGCCAGGCGGCCGAUCUGGUGCGUAUCUUCACCGAGUUCAGCAACCACGUCAGCUUCGUCGUGGCGGAUUCGUUCUUCUACAUCAGCAUGCUGGCCGCCUUUUUCUGGCUCAACAGCAUGGGCUACUACAUCUGGAAGACUUUCCGGGCGCGGAAUGUGUUCCUGCGGGUGACUGACGGCCGGAAGUACUGCUGGUACUCGGCGUAUGCUUGGGGUGCUACCGGGUGUAUGGCCGGAGUGGCCAUCUUUUCGCACUUCUUUUUGGACGGGGCGAAUGCUAGGAAGAACUCGAGUAUUUUUGAGGAUCAGGACAGCAUUGGAUGGUUGGGAAUUGCGGUGUUCUUCACGCCGAUUGCGUUCAUCAUUCUGGUCAACAUCUUCUUCUACGUUACGACGCUGAAGUUUAUCAACCGGAUGAACACGUACGGCAGGAUUCACCACAAACUGAAGAACAACUUCGUCAUGUUCUCGCUGCUUUUCCUCAUCAUGACCACCUCGUGGCUGUUUCUGAUCCUGUCCUGGCUGCACUACGACGCCCUGCUAUACACCCACAUCGUGAUCAACGCCCUGCAAGCGCCCUUUAUCCUAUACGUGUGCGUUCUGCGGCAGAAGCACGUGACCUUCCUGCUGAAAAAGUCCUGCUGCUACAACGAGCCCCCGCAAAGUUCCGAUUGGGGCGACGAGAUGACCUACAUGAACGGGGGCGACUACUGACCCCGAGCUGUGGCCACCAUCAGCGGAAGGCGGAAAGCAUCGAUGAAUCUCGUGAGCCUCAACAGUAGCGAGCUGGGAAUCUAUCGGAAAGAAACUUCUGCCUGAACUUCCCUUGUGCGGCUUCCAAAAAAGAAAUCUACUUACAAAACAGACAUUCCUGAAUCGAAGAUUACAAGAAGUUGCCUAACAUACAAAAAGUGCUGCAUUAUGUCAUAAGAUAGAAUCUCGUAACAAACGUCCAGUUUUUCUCUAAUUUCACUAGGCUAUAAAUUAUUAACACUAGCUUGUAAGAACGCGCUGCUGCUACUCGAUGUAAGAUAAAACUUUUUGAGAGAAAUAAAAUGCUAGAACAAAAUGUGGCUUGUGCGAAGAAGAAUUUGUGUUGUUGUUGUAGGAUUAAGUUAGAAUUAGGCAAAACGCAAAACACUCAAGGUGAACUAACACUAACAAAGAGACUCAAUAAAGGUUAGGAUAUUGUAUGCUUA